UAUGACAUGUAUUGGGCCCAUUAUCUUUUGAGGAGUUGGAAUAAAGCAUACUUGAAUGAAUACUUUAACAGCACCAAGAUCAAUUCAAGGUUAAACUAAAGUAGUAAGUAUGUAUAUAAGCAAUUAUGUACAAAAUGCUGUACAUCAAGGUAUAUGUAAUAACACAAAAAUACAAGGAAAGCAUAUUAGAGGAUAAGUAGAAAAAAGUAGGGUUGAAAAGGAAAACUAGUGUGUAAUCAUGCAUCAUAAAUUACUACACGUGUACAUGUUUAACAUUUUUAAGUAUAAGAAGAAGACGUAUCACAAAUAUCGGAUCAGAUCAAGGUGACAACUGACCAGCCAAAUUAUGUCCGUAACUUACAACUUUUCUGGAAAGAGGGUCCUCGUCACGGGGGGAGCAAAGGGACUUGGUAGAGGUGUCGUAUCCAAGUUUGUAUCCUCUGGAGCCAGCGUGAUCGCCCUUGACCUCGACAAGGACGCUUUGGCCGAUCUGAAAUCCACGCAUCCCUCCGUGACCACGAUUCAUGCGGAUUUAUCCGACUGGGAGAAGAGCAGGGAGGCCGUUCUCGCCCUGCCCACCGGUCCAAUCCAUCACCUCGUCAACAAUGCUGGAAUCUCGGAAGUCGUCGAGUUUAGCAAGAUCACACCGAAAAAUGUGGAUACCAUUUUUGGGAUCAAUUACAAGGCCUUAAUCAACAUGGGGCAAGUGAUGGCAAAGACGUUGGAACAAGGUGGCGUCACGACUGGGGGGACGAUCGUCAAUGUGUCAUCAAUUCUGGAUAGUCGCGUCGUGCCAGGCGCAGCUUUGUAUUGCAGUACGAAAGCUGCCGUGACCAUGUUGACCAAGGCGAUGGCCGUGGAGCUGGCUCCCCUCAAGAUCCGAGUGAACGCUGUGCGACCCACCCUCAUGGCCACCGACAUCCUUCCCCUCGACAACGAGUACAGACUCCAAGUUCGCGACGGUCUGGUCAACUUUUGCAUGGAACGUCAACUCUCGAAGCGUCUCUUGACCGUGGAGGAAACUGCGGACGCGAUUCUCUUCUUGUCCUCCGAUGCAGCCGAAAUGGUGAAUGGCUCCGAUAUUUUGGUCGAUGGUGGUGUGUACACCGUGUAAAAUUAAAUAUGUAAAUAUGUCAAUGGAACCGAAAUUUAUUUAGAAAAUAUUUUACGUUCCCAAUAAAAUUAUUUGUUAAAAUUCCUACAUA